UUUAAUCCAUUUUUUAAUCACAUUUAUUCACUCUAACCAGAACUGGUCAGUCUUUCAACUCUUUGACUUUAAGUAGAAACACACAAUCUGCAUGUCCAUACUAAUUUGAUAAAGUUGCCAGAUUGUUAAAUCAGUUUGUUUCUAUUACAAUAAGUGGCAUGAUGUCCUUGCCAGUGGUAUAGUUUUAUUGCACAAUGUUCAGGAGGAAUGCUGUGGGAACCUACAGAUUCAAAGACAUGUCUGCGAGAUGAGUGUUUAUGCCAAAUUGCUGCCAACACGAUGGGACAAACCGAGUGAGACGACAUGUGGGUGUGCAUGGAGCGAAGCUUAGCCAUGGUUUGGACCUUCCUGCUGGGAGGCGGACUCACGCUGGCAUUCUCUGUUGAAACAACCAAGGCCGUCCCUCAGUCGCUGCGGCUCCUCGGCUGUGUGUUUAUACCCCGAAGCAACGUCACCUGCCACUGGACGCCUGGAGACAAUCAGCCGACGUACUAUACCCUUAAAGCUGAAAAAAUCCCACGUUCCAAAAGCUCGACAUUCAGCUGCACCACAACCGGGUUGAGCUGCACUGCAGGAAUCAACGGAUCUGGACUUAGGUUCACGUUUUGCAUCAGUGUCAUAUCGCACGGCUUAAGAGGAAAUAUUUCAUCUAAAAUUCGGUGCCAGUCUGCAAGAAUAGAAGGAAAAUUGGGUCCAGCGAGUUUGAACAGCGUCCAACAAGUUGACGGCUCCCCUCACUGCUUGAGAGUGUCCUGGACAAGUACUGUGACUCAUUUUCCCCUGUCUCCGUCAGAAAUUAAAGCUGGACAGCUGGAUUCCCAAAUAAAGUUUACAGCAGAGGAAGAGGUAAAUGCUCAGGUCAGGAGUGUGAGUGUAACUGGAUACACUUUCCAGGUGUGCCUCUUCAGGCCGGACACCUCGUAUACGCUCCAGAUUCGAAACCGUUACCUGGGCGAGGCAAGCCCCUGGAGCGAGUGGAGCAACCCAUUUCAGGGAAGGACAGCAGAGGCCGCUCCAUCUGCAGCACCAGCUCUCUGGAGGGAGGUGGGACUUAUUGGCAGGAGCGGAUGGAGGCUCAUUUCUCUGCUUUGGAAGCCGCUGCCUCGCUUCCUGGCCAACGGCAGAGUUGCCUUCUACAAUGUGACUUGUCGGGCAGAGAAUCAACUGAAUCUUAGCGAUUAUGGGAGCUGUGGAAAACUGCAGCAUGAAACCACAUCCUGCAGCUUGCUUCUUCCUGCUGGACGUUGCUCCUGUAGUCUGACGGCGUCCACCUCUGCAGGGACAUCGCCCAAAGCCUGGGUCUGGAUCUCAGGCUCCUCUGAAAAAGAGCCGCCGCCUCCGGCCGAGCUCACGGCCACGCCGCUGGGUGACGGCAGCUUGGGGGUUCGCUGGAGGUCUCCGCCGGAUCCGUCAGUGAGCGGCUUCGUGGUGGAGUGGGUGGCAGUCAGAGAGAAAACCAGCAGCGUUCUGCACUGGGAAACGCUGAAUAGUUCCUCUACAAAGCUGAUCAUCACAGGUAGCCCAGCUGAAUCUUCUCUUCGGCGUUGGGAAACCAUCUUGAUUAGAUGUUUGUUUCAUGACGGACAUUUUUAUAUCUUUUUAGAGGGAGUGAAGACAAUGGAACGUUACGCUGUCUCUGUCAAGGCUCUGUAUGGCGAACAAGGAGUAGGAGAAAAUAUAACAGUCCAUGUUUAUACGCAGGAAGGAACGCCCUCAGCUGGUCCUGAUGUGCGGGUGGAGCACAUUUCUGAGAGCUCAGUGGAGCUCAGCUGGAGUCCCGUCCCUGUGGAGCAGCUUCAUGGCUUCAUUCGGAGCUACACCCUCUUCUGCACCAGCAGAAACCGGUUGGAAAAGAGUGUCACUGUGCCAGGCCACAUCCACCGCUGCACUCUGGAGAAUAUGUCGCCUGGUAUUUAUGACAUAUUCAUUCGCGCCAGCACCGUUGCCGGUACUGGUCCAGCUGGGAACCCGGCUAACGUUCACAUUGGCUCUGAGGAAAUAUCGAUAGUGAUCUGCAUCAUCGUUCCACUGCUGCUGAUUUCACUGGUGCUGAUUCUGAUACUCCUUCUGACUCAGAGGAGAGAGAUAAAGAAGAAGCUCUUUCAUGGAGUGCCAGAUCCUUCUAACAGCACCGUGUCCCAGUGGAAACCUCAAACCAGCUGUGAGAAUAAGAAGCUGAUUAUGGAACAAGAGAAGCCAGAAGUGAGCUUCCCUGAAGUCACCGAGAGGCAAGAUCUACAGCGGGCCCACGUCUCCUUACCCAUCUGCAGAACUCAGCUCUUUCUCGACCCGCAGCCCUCCUCUUUCCUAGCCGGAGGAAUGACAGAUAGAAGCUAUAUCGCGAAUGUGACCAAGACCCAGUCUGCCAAUGAUCUUUCCACCAGGCCCUACAGCUAUUCCACUGUCCUCUUCAACCAGUUCAACCAGAACCUGCCGUCCUCGCCGCAGGCCGGCCAGAAUCCCGAUAUCUACCGGAGUGACAUCAAGCAGCCAGCAGAUGGAGUCAGUGAGUCACCAGUCUUCCCAUUUACAGAAUCGGAAGAACAGAAAGCUUUCGCUGUUUUUCUGGACCGGCUUAAAAGCUUUCAGUCUUCACCGGACUUCAGCAGUACUCCUCUUUCCUCCGUCUCACUUCCUUAUCAGACUGAUUCACCGAGGUUAAACUCAAUGCUGUCAGCUUACAGGAAACUUCCCUCUGACAGCUUUGCAUCAACUUUUCCCUCUCUUGCCUUUAUGAAUUUAUUCUCAUCCCCUGUGGAGUUUGGUCCUUACCUCUCCUCUGAUCGCUAGAUUAAGAUUUAAGAUUAUUUCCAAAAACCAAGACGUUAUUUUCUAGUUAGAAGUGUCAUAGAUCUCUCUCAAAAUAUAAUUACAAUGGGGUAUCUUUUCAGAAACAGAUCACAUCUUAGUUUUUAUUUAUUCAUUCAUUUUAAAAAAAAUGACAUGUCAAAAAAUUAUUUAUAUCUUUCUGUCACUGGAAAAGUUUUCAAUGCUUUUUGUUUACCUGCUCUGGUAUUUUUUGCUAUGAGCUCAACGUUUUCCAGGCUGGUUUGCACCUUCAGUGAACCAGCCAGUCACAUUAAGGUCAUUAAGGUCAUGUUUUGGUCAAAACAUAUUAGCAAAUAAUGACUGUAGUAACUGACUAAUAAUAAUGAUUCUGCCAAAUAAAUUUGUGGAAUUCAACGUCAGAUAAAGUAAAUAUAGUUACUGUCGUUGAAACAGUGAAAACUUGAUGGAAAGUUUGUUAAAUUUACAAAAGAAGUGUGUGAAUGUGUGUGUGUGUGUGAGUGGGAGGCACUUUGGGUUUGAUAAAGCGCUGUACAAGUGCAGAGCAUUUACUGUUUCACUUUAUGCUGGGGAAUGAAAUGUAUGUCUUAAACUGUAAAUAGCAAACUGUUGUGCCUUCAACUUUCACUCGAAUGUAUAAGAAUGUUUAAAACCUUUACUUCUGUUUAUGGAAACCAAUGCUUUCCCUUUGUUGAUUGGUGGGAUUUUGCGUGUACAGAUUUGACUCUAAAAUCUUGCGUAAUUUUGAUGUAACUGCAUUCCAGCAUGGCAAGCAAGCAGUUGUAUUUUUGUUUCUUGUUUUCUGAUCAAACUUCUUUUGUUUCCUCUAACAUUGCUGCAUUUUGGAGAGUGAACUCAGAAUGUGAAAAACCUUCUACAUCUCAUUUGUAUAUCUGCAAAAAAGAAAAACCUACUACAGUAGGAUUCAGCUUCAAAGAAAGGAGGCAUGUUUAUAGCAUAUUUGAAAUAGCAAUUUGUCAUUUGUGAUUAUAUGAAAACAUCUGCCUUGUCUGUAAAGCUUUUUUUUGGCUGGAAAAAUGUUGACACCGCUUGAUUGACGCUCAUUAUUUGACAUAAAGUUUAAAAUAUUUAGCAGAAAUUAAAAUUACCUUAGGUGUGAAAAAAAAACAUUACACAGAGGAAUUUAUUUUAGUUACUGUGAUAUAGAGAGUUGAAAUGCGUGCUUUCUUGUCCUUUAUAUUUUGAAGAAGUGGUUAAAAAGUGUGACCAUGUAACAUUAAAACCAGAUUACAACAUUUUCCUGUU